AUUCACAAUCCACGGAAUACGGACACGGUCCGCCUGCAAUUCCAAGGUGUGCGGAAGGCCAAAGUGGUUGGCGCAUUGGCUAUAAAAUCGAAUAAGAUUGGAGACAUUGUCAGCGGUAUUUUGAUCAAGCGUAAAUUUCAACUACCAAUUUUCACGGACCUUUCUUCAUCGCGGUUGUCACAGCGGCAAUCUGUCUACUACUCUGGAAGUCUGCCAUUGCUGCUGUACAGUCUGAAUCAGUUAAAUGACGACGCCAUAUUAACAGCUGAAUUGAAGCCUACAGACACCACAACGCCCACACACGUGUUCUCUGUUUUUGGUCGUGCUAUCUCUUUGCAAUGGUGCUCGUUGGCAUCUAUUUGUGUUUUGGAUUGGGAGUCAAAUCCUGUCAAUGAUAUGUAUGCGGACGCUGUACUGGCAGCUAUCCUUCACGCCCAGACGAAUCCGAUUCCCGAGAAA